UCUGAACCUUUCUCCCUGGUUUACAGACCACACUUUUCUUCCCCUAGAAGAUCUUGGCCAGUAUGGACGACGGUUCUUAUUUUUCUUGGAGUGGCGGCUAUCUUGGGAGUAACCAUUGGUCUACUUGUCCAUUUUCUUGCUGUUGGAAAGAAUUACUAUUACCAAGGAGAAUUCCUCAUUAGCGGAGACACAUACAAUAUUAGUUGUGAAACUGCAACUUCACAAGCCAGUACAGAGCUGAGUAGAGAUAUUGAAAACAAAACAUAUGAUGCAUUUCAAAAUUCUAGCAUAUACAAAGAAUAUAUCAAUUCUCAGUUCAUCAGAUUUCUUCCUCAUGGCAAUGGUUCGAAUGUACAGUUAGAGUUGGUAUUCAAGUUUCCUCCUGCAAAGAAGAAUAUCAGGAAGACAGAAAUCGAAGACAUCUUACGUCAGAUGUUAAAGGACAACAUGGCAUCCUGGCAUGUGGUUCCCACUUCCAUUAAACUUAUAGAAAUUAGCAAGGCUGAUGCUGAAUUGCUUACCAACAACUGUUGUGGUAGACCACUGGUCAACAGUUUAGCAGAUAACAAAAUUGUUAAAGGGAAAAAUGCCCUGUCGGGGGCCUGGCCCUGGCAGGCCAGCUUGCAGUGGCGAGGUCAGCACAAAUGUGGAGCAUCUCUGAUCAGCCGCAGUUGGGUAUUAACUGCAGCUCACUGCUUGCAUAAGAUAAAGAACUUUGACGACUGGACAGUCAACUUUGGAACUGUAGUCAAUAAACCUCUUAGGAGACUGAAAAUUAAAAAUACUAUUUUGCAUGAAGAUUAUAACGAGAAAACACUUUCUAAUGAUAUUGCCCUUGUGGAACUUGCUGAAGAAGUCUCUUUCACAAAGUAUAUUCGCAGAAUUUGUCUUCCUGAAGCCGAAAUGAUACUCUCCCAAAAUGACAGCGUUGCUGUCACAGGAUGGGGAGCACUUUAUAUGAAUGGUCCCUCUCCAGUGACCCUACAACAGGCCUUUGUGAAUAUUAUUGACAACGAAAUUUGUAAUGGUCCAAAUUCAUUAUCUGGUUUGGUGAGUGAUAAAAUGCUGUGUGCUGGAUUUAUGUCAGGAGGUGCUGAUGCAUGUCAGCGUGAUUCUGGAGGACCACUAGCUUACCAUAACACUAGAAAUAUUUGGAUUCUUGUUGGAAUAGUAAGCUGGGGUGAUGGAUGUGGUAAAAAGAAUAAACCAGGUGUGUAUACUCGAGUGACUGCUUAUCGUGAUUGGAUUACUAACAAGACAGGAUUGUGAAAGAAAAGAGAUUUUGGAAUGAAAUAAAGGCAAUUCCAAAUGGUUAUGAA